AUGGAGACGACCUACUUUACCUGCACAUUGGGACAGGCUGUCGACCAUCAGAGCAACAAGUCCUACAGUACCAUCAACGAAUUCAUCGAGCACAAAGUUCGCUCUGCUCCGGAUGUCUCCAUUGUUGGUUUCUAUGAGGUCGGGGUCGGUGAGAAGGCCUCACAGCAUUGGAAACCCCAUGUCUUGACAUUCGGGAAUGUCCACCGAGGCACUGUGGUCGUCGCGGACCGCUUGUCGAAAGUCCUCACCGCGGACAAGGGCCAGACGGUAGCCUUGCUGUGUCCAAGCUCGGCAGAUUUUCUCUUCACAUGGCUGGCACUCAUCUGGCUGGGGCACCCAGCGCUGCUGAUAGCGCCCCAAUGCUCACCCUCUGCCGUCACACAACUUUGCAAAGCAUGUGGCGUGAGGGAUCUUCUUUACGAUGAGGUAUACAGAGAUCUUGCAACGGGGGCUUCCAAGCUGGGAAGCGGCUCGUUGAACGCUCUCAUUUUACCUUCCGCGAGCGAGAAUAUCUUCGAGGUGAUCAAGGGCACGUCUGUCAGCAUAAGCGCACCGCCCGCCACGGUACAGGAAACCGAUAUUGCAUAUCUGCAUCACACAUCUGGUACAUCAACUGGCGUGCCGAAGCCGAUCCCGCAAUCGCACAGAGCAGCAGUUGGAGUGCUUCCAACGUUGAACGGGAGAAGCAAAGCUUGCUUCACGACAACACCCCUCUACCAUGGCGGGGUCGCCGACCUGUUUCGCGCAUGGUCAAGCGACGCUCUGAUAUGGCUCUUCCCCGGGAAAGAGCUGCCCAUCACAGCCGGCAAUGUCUGCAAAUGUCUGGACGUUGCAGCGACGUUGGCAAACGAUUCCUCUGUCGGUACCUCGGACGUCAGCUACUUCUCCUCCGUCCCCUACGUCCUACAAAUGAUCGCAGAAGACAAGCACGGCCUGAAGCAUCUUCAGCGAAUGGACAUCGUUGGCGUCGGAGGCGCGGCGUUGCCCGCAGAAGUAGGCGACAAGCUGGUGACGAACGACGUGAACCUGAUAUCCCGCUUCGGUAGCGCGGAGUGCGGCUUCCUCAUGUCGUCGCACCGAGAGUACGCAAAGGACAAGGAGUGGCAGUACCUCAGAUGCUCUCCAGGAGGUGAUCAUCUUCUCUUUGAGCCCCAGGAAGACGGGCUCUCCGAGCUGGUAAUCCAGCAUGGCUGGCCUCACAUGGCGAAGCGCAAUCGAGACGACGGCUCCUACGCCACCGCCGACCUAUUCGCUCGUCAUCCGUCAAUCCCGCACGCGUGGCGGUACCAUUCCCGCGCGGAUUCACAAUUGACACUCAUUACGGGCAAGAAAUUCGACCCAGCACCGCUUGAGGAUUCGAUUCGAGCGUCGGCUUCUUCGGUGCUCGACGACGUCUUGAUAUUCGGAAACGGAAAACCAUAUCCGGGUGCUUUACUCUUCCCCUUGCGGGAUGCCGCGUCCACGGGCAUGGAUAUGAGUGACGAGGAUCUCAUCGACAAGAUCGCACCGCUGGCCGAGAAACUGAAUCAGGAUAGUCAAAAUCACGCACGGAUACCUAGGAACAUGCUAAUUGCAAUGCCUCGUCUCGAAAACGGGCUCGAGAAGAGCAGCAAAGGCACCAUCUUGCGGCGCAAGGCUGAAGAACGAUUCAGCGAGGCAAUCAAUGCUGCCUAUGAAACCGUGUUACCCGAGGGAGCCUCUUUCAGCACUGAUAUCCCUAAUGCCGACGUCUCGACAAUAAUUCGUGACAUCGUCAUGAGAGUUGCAGGCGAAAAUAGGAAUCGUGAAGCCGAAGCUGCCGAGUUGGCGGACGAAACAGAUCUGUUCAGCUAUGGAAUCGACUCCGUUGCAGCCAUACGCAUUCGCCAUGCGCUGUUGGGCCUGAUUCCAAGAACCGCGACUUUGCCGUUGACGAUCGUCCAAGACGCUGGGACUGUAUCCCGGCUGGCUGAUCUUGUCCUCCGUCUUCGAUCUGGCGGAGAAGCCAGCAUCAGCACCAAAGAGCAAGACGAACGGGAACAAAUCAGCAUAAUGCUCGAUCUAGCGAGAGAGUACAGCUCGUUCAACGAUCCUCAUCCCUGGGCCAUUUCUUCAACAUCCCCCUUUCGAGGAGUAUCUCGACAAGAUCCCAUCGGCACGCGAGUCCUGCUCACAGGACCGACGGGGUCGCUUGGGGCUCACAUCCUCUGGCACCUGGUUUCCAACGCAUGCAUAUCCCAAAUCCACGUCCUCGUCCGCGGCGCCACGCCGUUGGCACGGCGCGAGCGUGUCCUGAAAGCCCUCUCCUCCCGCCGUCUCUCUAUCCCAGAGGACUUCGACGCCAAAGUCACAAUCCACAACUGUAAACUCUCGGAUCCUCGUCUCGGCCUCGCGAACGAAGAAUAUACAGCCCUGGCGGCGUCUGUCGACGUGAUCGUCCAUCUUGCAUGGAGUGUCAACUUCCUCCAGCCCCUCCGCUCAUUCGCACCAACGCACCUAGCCGGGCUGAGGAAUCUCAUCAAUUUCGCUCUAUCCUCACCACCACCAACGCCGCCAUCACCCAGUCCUUCGGACCAAGCACACAUCCCGCCGAGGCUGAUCUUCUGCUCCAGUGUCGCAGCCGUAUCGAACUACACACCACGACCUCCAGGGAAGAAACUUGUGCCAGAACGUGUUCUCACCGGUAACGGCGACGACGACGCCACCACCGUGGCCGGUCCGACAGGCUACGCCCGCUCCAAGUGGGUGGCCGAGCGGAUGUGCUGGCACGCGCACGCCACGACGCGCUUGCGAGGCCGCAUUUCCGUGGCGCGAGUCGGCCAACUCAGCGGCGCGAGGGACUCCGGCGUCUGGUCUGCCACCGAAGCAUAUCCGCUCAUGCUGGCCAGUGCGGCCGCGACGGGCGUGCUCCCUGAUCUGGACGGCGCGAGACACGCGCAGGGCGUACGGGAAGGAGAAGUGCUCGCGUGGUUGCCCGUCGACAUCGCCGCCAGGGCGUUUGUCGAUGAUAUCCUUGAUGGAGACCAGGUUGACGAUGCCGUCCAGGACCGCCACCCCGAAACCAUGAACAAUAGCGACGACUCCACCACUCCUAGAAACCACGCUGAAACGGUCGAGAUCUCUGGAUCCCCCGAAAAAACCGACCGCAGGCGCACCCUCGACAUGACCUCGCCAACGACAACGCCAAUGCCGGUGCACCACGUCCUCAAUCCCUCCCGUGCAAUCAGCUGGAAUCACCUCCUAACCUGGCUAUUCCGGCACGAGACGUUCCACACCGUCAGCGUCGACGUGUGGCUCUCUCGCCUCGAAACCCUCAACGAUAGUCCCGAGGAGUGGAAGCGCAACCAUCCCAGCCUGAAAAUCCUGCCCUUCUGGAAGGGAGCGUAUGCUUCGUCGGGCACGGCGGCCGCGUCAUCAUUCGCGCGAGAUGUACAAAACGAGGCAGACAAUAAUCAUAAUAAUGAUAAUAAUAAGCCACCACGCGAUCGUCGUGAGGGAGGUGCAGGGACUACUACGGACGGCCUGGUGCCACCCACGCAGGAGACGGCGACGACGACGACGGGGUAUGAAAUGGCGGGCACGUACGCACGGAUGCCGUCCCUGCGUGAUUGGGAGGGUGUGGUCACCGAGGAAUAUGUCCUCAAACUGUGGACAUGGGUCAAGGAGAGCGUCUGA